GCAAAUUGCUGCAGCGCUGGAAUGCUCCCCUAAGGCUGCAGCUGAGCAGACAGCUGGCUAGCGGCGGUGUGCCCGGGGGCAGCGGCGGUAGCGCUGCUUCUGCCCUUCUCGUGGGCUUGGCAGCGUUGGGAGCGGGUGUCUACGUGUACAAGACGUUGAGAGAACACAAGGAGCGAUACAUCAACCGGGUCACAGCAAUAACCACGCGAUCGCAGAGCCAGUCGUCUCCCUCCGACACAGAUGCUGCUCCUCGGGGCACAGCAGCUCUAGCUCGCCCGGGGGUCCCAUCCCCCGUCCCUUGCCUGCUGAUCGGUGGAGGAACUGCUGCUUUUGCUGCUGCCAGAUCCAUUCGGGCUCGUGACCCUGGUGCCCGGGUGCUGAUCGUGUCUGAAGAUCCCGCCCUGCCCUACAUGCGCCCUCCUCUUUCCAAAGAACUGUGGUUUUCCGACGAUCCCGACGUGACAGAGACUCUGCGAUUCAAGCAGUGGAACGGCAAGGAGAGGAGUAUCUAUUUCCAGCCGCCGUCAUUCUACGUGCCCGUGGGGGACCUGCCUUUCAUAGAGCACGGCGGAGUAGCAGUUCUCCGUGGCAAGAAGGUUGUGCAUAUGGAUGUGAGAGGGAACCUGGUGAAGCUCAGCGAUGGCACCCAGAUAUCCUAUGACAAAUGUCUGAUUGCCACUGGUGGUUCCCCAAGGAAUCUACCCGCCAUCGAAAGAGCAGGAAAAGAUGUACAACAGAGGCUGACGCUGUUCCGAAGGAUUGAGGACUUCAGAAGCCUGGAGAAGAUUUCCAGGGAAGUCAAGUCCAUCACAAUUAUCGGUGGUGGUUUUCUCGGCAGCGAGCUGGCCUGUGCUCUGGGAAGGAGAGCACGAAGCAGAGGCCUGGAGGUGAUUCAGCUCUUCCCAGAGAACGGGAAUAUGGGCAAAGUCUUGCCAGAAUAUCUGAGCAACUGGACCACGGAGAAAGUCAGACGAGAGGGGGUUCAUGUCAUGCCAAACGCCGUGGUCAAGUCGGUCUCUGUCUCCGGCAAUCGGCUGGGGAUUAAACUGAAAGAUGGCCGAAAGGUGGAGACUGAUCACAUCGUGGCCGCGGUGGGGCUGGAGCCCAACGUGGAAUUAGCCAAGUCAGCUGGGCUGGAGGUGGACUCUGACUUCGGAGGGUUCCGGGUGAACGCGGAGCUGCAGGCACGCUCCAAUAUCUGGGUGGCAGGGGAUGCUGCCUGCUUCUAUGAUAUCAAGCUGGGGAGGAGACGUGUGGAGCACCAUGAUCAUGCUGUCGUGAGCGGAAGGCUGGCUGGAGAGAACAUGACGGGAGCUGCGAAGCCCUACUGGCAUCAGUCCAUGUUCUGGAGCGAUCUGGGCCCUAACGUGGGGUACGAAGCCAUU